GGGAGGACAACCCCGUGCAUAGUCGAGUAGUCUAUAUAAACAAGAGACCAUCACUGAAGCUCUUCAGUUGCGCUGUGCGCUCAAGCGGCGGAAGACCUCGAGGAGGGAGCUCUGCUGCUGAGGGUCCCCGGACCCUGAUACGUAUAAAGUAGAUCAAGGCUCCGCGUACAGCGGUCACAACAACCAUGCACGGCCCGCCGACCGGAGACAGCGCCUGCCCGCUCCGCACCAUUAAGCGGGUCCAGUUCGGCGUCAUAGGCCCCGACGAGCUGAAACGGAUGUCUGUGACAGAGGGUGGCAUUAAGUACCCUGAAACUACAGAGGGUGGUCGGCCCAAGUUGGGGGGACUGAUGGACCCUCGUCAAGGGGUGAUUGAGCGCACUGGACGCUGUCAGACAUGUGCAGGAAAUAUGACCGAAUGCCCUGGCCACUUUGGGCACAUCGAGCUGGCUAAGCCGGUCUUCCAUGUGGGAUUUCUGGUGAAGACCAUGAAGGUUUUGCGUUGCGUUUGUUUCUUCUGCUCAAAGUUGCUGGUGGACGCGAAUAACCCCAAAAUCAAGGACAUUCUGACCAAAUCAAAAGGCCAGCCGAAGAAGCGCCUGACCCACGUGUAUGAGCUGUGUAAGGGGAAGAACAUCUGCGAGGGUGGCGAGGAGAUGGACAACAAGUUUGGGAUGGAUCAGAAUGAAGGGGAUGAGGAUAUUACGAAGGAGAAGGGCCAUGGCGGCUGUGGGCGUUACCAGCCUAGAAUCAGACGUUCCGGACUCGAACUUUAUGCAGAAUGGAAGCACGUUAACGAGGACUCGCAGGAAAAAAAAAUUCUUUUGAGUCCAGAGCGGGUUCAUGAGAUCUUCAAGCGCAUUACAGAUGAGGAGUGCUUCAUCCUGGGAAUGGAGCCGCGAUAUGCUCGACCUGAGUGGUUGAUUGUUACCGUUCUGCCGGUUCCUCCAUUAUGUGUGCGGCCUGCAGUUGUCAUGCAAGGAUCAGCCAGGAACCAGGACGAUCUGACGCACAAAUUGGCCGAUAUUGUGAAAAUCAACAAUCAGCUAAGAAGAAAUGAACAGAAUGGUGCGGCAGCCCACGUCAUUGCUGAGGAUGUGAAGCUCCUGCAGUUCCAUGUGGCCACAAUGGUAGACAACGAGCUGCCUGGACUCCCCAGGGCCAUGCAAAAAUCUGGGCGUCCUCUUAAAUCUUUAAAGCAACGAUUGAAAGGGAAGGAAGGAAGAGUUAGAGGAAACUUGAUGGGAAAGAGAGUAGACUUCUCUGCCCGAACAGUUAUCACUCCAGAUCCAAACCUUUCCAUUGACCAAGUUGGAGUGCCGCGCUCCAUUGCUGCAAAUAUGACCUUUCCAGAGAUAGUAACCCCCUUCAAUAUUGACCGGCUACAGGAGCUGGUGAGACGAGGAAACAGUCAGUAUCCUGGCGCCAAGUACAUCAUCCGAGAUAACGGUGAUCGUAUUGAUCUGAGAUUCCAUCCGAAGCCCAGUGACCUGCAUUUACAGAUUGGCUAUAAGGUGGAGAGACACAUGUGCGAUGGAGAUAUAGUCAUCUUCAACAGACAGCCAACGCUGCACAAAAUGUCUAUGAUGGGACACAGAGUCCGCAUUUUGCCAUGGUCCACCUUCCGACUGAACCUAAGUGUGACCACUCCGUACAAUGCUGACUUUGAUGGGGAUGAGAUGAAUUUGCACCUUCCACAGUCUCUGGAGACACGGGCAGAGAUUCAGGAGCUUGCCAUGGUUCCUCGUAUGAUAGUCACUCCUCAGUCCAACAGACCAGUUAUGGGCAUUGUGCAGGACUCGCUGACUGCAGUCCGAAAAUUCACAAAGAGAGAUGUCUUCUUGGAGAGGGGGGAGGUUAUGAAUUUGCUGAUGUUUCUCUCCACAUGGGAUGGAAAAGUUCCGCAACCAGCCAUCCUGAAGCCUCGUCCUCUCUGGACCGGCAAGCAGAUUUUUUCUUUGAUCGUUCCAGGGCAUAUUAACUGUAUCCGAACUCACAGCACCCACCCAGAUGAUGAAGACAGUGGGCCCUAUAAGCAUAUCUCUCCAGGAGACACAAAGGUCAUUGUAGAGAAUGGAGAGCUGAUUAUGGGAAUCUUAUGUAAGAAAUCUCUGGGAACAUCAGCUGGAUCGCUGGUACACAUUUCUUACCUGGAGAUGGGCCAUGAUACCACUCGUCUCUUCUACUCCAAUAUUCAGACUGUCAUCAAUAACUGGCUUCUCAUUGAGGGUCACACUAUUGGAAUUGGAGACUCUAUUGCUGAUGCAAAGACUUACCAGGAUAUUCAGAACACCAUCAAAAAAGCAAAGCAGGAUGUAAUAGAGGUCAUUGAGAAGGCCCAUAAUAAUGAGCUGGAGCCCACCCCUGGAAACACCCUACGUCAGACAUUUGAGAACCAGGUGAACAGAAUCCUCAAUGACGCCAGAGAUAAAACUGGUUCAUCUGCCCAGAAAUCUUUGUCUGAGUAUAACAACUUCAAGUCUAUGGUGGUGUCUGGGGCUAAGGGAUCCAAGAUUAACAUCUCCCAGGUUAUUGCUGUUGUUGGUCAACAAAACGUUGAAGGUAAACGCAUCCCCUUUGGUUUCAAACAUCGGACACUUCCUCACUUCAUCAAGGAUGAUUAUGGCCCUGAAAGCAGAGGCUUUGUGGAGAACUCGUACCUUGCCGGCCUCACUCCAACGGAGUUCUUUUUCCACGCUAUGGGAGGGAGAGAAGGUCUUAUUGAUACAGCUGUGAAAACUGCUGAGACUGGUUACAUUCAGAGACGUUUGAUCAAGUCUAUGGAGUCUGUGAUGGUGAAGUACGAUGCCACAGUACGGAAUUCCAUAAAUCAGGUGGUACAGCUGAGGUACGGAGAGGAUGGGCUGGCUGGAGAAGGUGUAGAGUUCCAAAAUCUUGCUACUCUGAAACCAUCCAACAAAGCCUUUGAGAAAAAGUUUAAGUUUGACUAUGCCAAUGAGCGUGCUCUGAGAAGAACUCUACAGGAGGAUGUGGUGAAGGAUAUCCUCAGUAAUGCGCACAUUCAGAAUGAGCUGGAGAAGGAGUUUGAGAAGAUGAAGGAGGACAGAGAGGUCCUGAGAGUUAUCUUCCCCACUGGUGACAGUAAGGUCGUUCUGCCAUGUAAUCUCCUCAGGAUGAUCUGGAACGCACAGAAGAUAUUCCACAUUAACACCCGCAUGCCCUCAGACCUACAUCCCAUCAAAGUUGUUGAUGGUGUCAAGGAGCUGAGUAAGAAGUUGGUAAUUGUAAACGGGGAUGAUCCCUUGAGUCGCCAAGCACAGGAGAAUGCCACAUUAUUGUUCAACAUCCACCUGCGCUCAACGCUGUGCAGCCGGAGGAUGGUGGAGGAGUUCAGGCUCAGCUGUGAGGCCUUCGACUGGCUACUAGGAGAAAUAGAGUCCAAGUUCAACCAGGCCAUUGCUCAUCCGGGAGAGAUGGUGGGAGCUCUGGCCGCUCAGUCUCUUGGGGAGCCAGCCACACAGAUGACAUUGAACACUUUCCACUACGCCGGUGUCUCAGCUAAAAACGUCACUCUGGGUGUCCCUCGUCUGAAGGAGUUAAUAAACAUUUCCAAGAAACCAAAGACUCCUUCACUGACUGUCUUCUUGCUGGGACAAUCUGCUCGUGAUGCUGAAAGGGCAAAGGAUAUCUUGUGCCGCUUGGAACACACAACGCUGCGUAAAGUCACUGCCAAUACAGCAAUUUACUAUGAUCCAAACCCGCAGAACACUGUGGUGGCUGAAGACCAGGAAUGGGUCAAUGUAUACUAUGAGAUGCCAGACUUUGAUGUGACCAGGAUCUCCCCGUGGCUGCUUCGUGUAGAACUUGACCGAAAACACAUGACUGACCGGAAACUGACAAUGGAGCAGAUAGCAGAGAAGAUCAAUGCUGGCUUUGGAGAUGAUCUAAACUGUAUAUUUAAUGACGAUAAUGCUGAGAAGCUGGUUCUGAGAAUACGUAUCAUGAACAGUGAGGAGAAUAAGAUGCAAGAGGAGGAAGAAGUAGUUGACAAAAUGGAUGAUGAUGUGUUCCUCCGCUGCAUUGAGUCUAAUAUGCUGACAGAUAUGACCCUACAGGGGAUUGAGCAGAUCAGCAAGGUUUACAUGCACUUACCUCAGACAGACAACAAGAAGAAGAUCAUAAUAACAGAGGACGGAGAGUUCAAGGCUCUUCAGGAAUGGAUCCUUGAGACGGAUGGAGUCAGCUUGAUGCGGGUUUUGAGUGAAAAAGAUGUUGAUCCUGUGCGGACUACAUCCAAUGACAUUGUAGAGAUCUUCACUGUUCUGGGGAUAGAGGCUGUCAGGAAAGCUCUGGAGAGAGAAUUGUACCACGUAAUCUCCUUUGACGGCUCUUAUGUGAACUAUCGGCACUUGGCCCUCCUGUGUGACACUAUGACCUGUAGAGGCCACUUGAUGGCGAUCACUCGUCACGGUGUGAACAGGCAGGACACCGGACCACUCAUGAAGUGUUCCUUUGAAGAAACGGUGGAUGUCCUCAUGGAGGCAGCAGCACAUGGGGAAACCGAUCCCAUGAAGGGGGUGUCUGAGAACAUCAUGUUGGGGCAGCUGGCUCCCGCUGGAACCGGCUGCUUUGAUCUUUUAUUGGAUGCAGAGAAAUGUAAAUUUGGAAUGGAGAUUCCUACAAACAUCCCUGGGCUGGGAGUGGCCGGACCAACUGGAAUGUUCUUUGGAACUGCCCCAAGCCCAAUGGGGGGAAUGUCUCCAGCCAUGACACCAUGGAACCAAGGUGCUACCCCAGCCUACGGAGCCUGGUCCCCGAGUCUAGGAAGUGGCAUGACCCCUGGAGCUGCUGGCUUCUCUCCCAGUGCUGCCUCUGAUGCCAGUGGCUUCAGUCCAGGCUAUUCUCCUGCCUGGUCUCCCACACCAGGUUCUCCUGGUUCUCCCGGUCCCUCAAGUCCGUACAUUCCUUCUCCAGGUGGCGCUAUGUCUCCAAGUUAUUCCCCCACUUCUCCAGCUUAUGAACCAAGGAGUCCUGGAGGCUAUACUCCGCAAAGCCCCAGUUACUCCCCCACUUCACCAUCUUACAGUCCCACCUCCCCUUCAUAUUCUCCCACAAGCCCAAAUUAUAGUCCCACCUCCCCAAGUUAUUCUCCUACAAGUCCCAGCUACUCUCCUACAAGUCCCAGUUACUCGCCAACCUCUCCAAGUUAUAGCCCGACAAGUCCCAGUUACAGUCCUACAUCCCCAAGCUACUCUCCCACAUCUCCAAGCUACUCUCCAACAAGUCCUAGCUACAGUCCAACUUCUCCCAGUUACUCGCCCACUUCUCCAAGUUAUUCUCCAACAAGUCCCAGUUAUUCCCCAACAAGUCCCAGUUAUUCUCCCACUUCUCCCAGCUAUUCCCCUACAUCCCCCUCAUACAGCCCAACUUCACCUUCAUAUUCGCCUACAUCACCAUCAUACAGCCCAACUUCACCCUCUUACUCUCCUACUUCUCCCAACUACUCUCCGACUUCUCCUAACUAUACUCCAACCUCCCCCAGUUACAGUCCCACAUCUCCCAGUUAUAGCCCUACUUCUCCAAAUUAUAGUCCUACAAGCCCCAGUUAUUCACCAACAUCGCCCAGUUACUCUCCUUCAAGUCCACGUUACACCCCACAGUCUCCAAGCUAUACUCCCAGCUCCCCCAGCUACAGCCCCAGUUCACCUAGCUACUCCCCAACAAGCCCCAAAUAUACACCGACCAGCCCAUCAUACAGUCCAAGCUCUCCAGAGUACACGCCAACUUCCCCCAAGUAUUCUCCAACUUCCCCCAAGUACUCCCCAACAUCUCCCAAGUACUCUCCAACAUCCCCUACUUAUUCUCCAACAACCCCCAAAUACUCGCCUACAUCUCCUACAUAUUCCCCUACAUCCCCAGUAUAUACACCUACUUCCCCCAAAUACUCUCCUACAUCACCUACAUAUUCCCCAACCUCUCCCAAAUAUUCCCCAACUUCACCAACAUACUCGCCAACGAGUCCAAAAGGCUCCACAUACUCUCCUACAUCACCGGGGUAUAGCCCCACAUCACCGACAUACAGUCUUACAAGUCCAGCUAUCAGUCCAGAUGACAGUGAUGAAGAGAACUGAGGAGACUCCUAAUAUCCACGCACAUCCACCUGGACUGGACACACCGAUGUCCAUCAUUGUGAGGGACAGCGUGUUGGCUUGGAUCAUAGUCUGCAGCUUCCUUCUGCCGCUUUAGAAGGCAAUGUUAAGUUAGCCUUGUGCUUUUCAAUGUGAUAAAGACUGGAUGUUCAUGAGAUUCAUUGCUUUUUCCGCUAGCAGUUAUCUUGUCUCCUCACCUGCGCAUUAUUUAUAGAUUUAAGGUGAAAUGGUUCUGAUUUGUAAUUACUAUUUGUUUUAUCUCUGAUCUUAGAGGGUUGACAUUUGUCAACAUUGAGUCUUUUGCAAAGUUUCUUUGGAAAUGUAAAUGGGUGACUGAUGUAAAGUGAAGUUCUGUACUUCAAAAUAAAAAAAUUUGUUGU